AUGAUGUCGUCUCAAUUACAAACUCCACUCACGUUUCCUACAUCCGGGUUUGAGCUGGUUGAUACUAAUGAAAAGAUAGAGGAAGAGACACUUCCAACCUACAACCCGAAAAAAUACUAUCCUGUUCGCCUAGGGCAAAUAUUCCAGGACAGAUAUCAGGUCGUUGGGAAAGUUGGGUACGGGGUUUUUUCAACUGUAUGGCUUGCCCGUGAUUUCCAGAAAUCCCGGCACGUAAUACUUAAGAUGUGCAUUUCCUCCGUCGAACCAAGCAAUGAGAUCAAAAUAUAUGAGCAUAUAAGCACCUCUGAAUCCAAAGUUGACCAUGCCGGAAAAGCCUUUUAUCGCAGACUAUACGACUCCUUCAAUGUCGAAGGACCCCAUGGCUCGCACGUCUGCCUUGUCCAGCAGCCAUUGGGCUUGAGUUUGGAUCAAUUGCUUGACACGAGGCCAACGAGAACUUUCACUCUAGAGCUACUCAAGCCUCCUCUACGUCAAAUUUUAGCGGGAUUUGACUUUCUGCACCGUCUUGACAUUAUACACACUGAUAUUCAGUCUAAAAAUUUACUUCUUGGGAUUGAUGACCCUUCGAUCUUCUUCGUAUUUGAAGAGGCUGAGAUCGAACACCAGCCGUGUCCUCGUAAGGUCCUAGAUGAUCGUAUUAUUUAUGUGAGCAGGCGGGUUCCCUUCUCGAGACGCUUGCCAAUUAUCACCGACUUUGGCGAAGCCCGGCUUCGAGAUGAAGCGCAUAGGGGUGAGGACAUCAUGCCUGAUUUAUACAGAGCCCCGGAAGUGAUUCUGAGGAUGGAAUGGGACAUCUGGGUAGACAUUUGGAGCGUUGCUAUGGUAGUCUGGGACCUUGUUAAAGGUCCCACCCUCUUCAAUGCGAGGAAUGAAGAAAAACUGUUGGACGAUAGACUUCAUCUCGCGGAAAUGGUUGCAAUUAUGGGGCCGCCGCCAAAGGAGUUCUUGGAGCGCAGCCAAGUCAGUCUCUUGUAUUGGGAUGAGAAUGGUCAAUGGAGAGGCCUUGCGCCGAUUCCCGAAAUCUCCCUUGAGUCACUUGCGGAAGGUAUAGAAGGCGAAGACAUACAAGGCUUUAUAGCUUUUCUGCGUCGGAUCCUGCGCUGGCUGCCAGAAGAACGACCAACUGCGGGAGAGCUUAUGUUCGAUCCUUGGUUAAUGAAAGGUCUUGGGAAGUUUGGGAAGACUGAAUAA